UGUGUUUCCGUCAAUGGCACUCUGCAUAUCGCGGUUAUGGUGGUGUUUGCUGCUGGUUUACGUAGAAUUUGAGGUGGUGUUUUCCGAUACGGACCCUGGUGACGCGGAGGCACUUCGAGCGUUGAAAGACCAGUGGCGAAAUACGCCACCGAGCUGGGGUAGGUCGAAUGAUCCAUGUUCGUGGGAAGGUGUCACCUGCAGCAGCUCGAGGAUCGUUUCAUUGGGAUUGUCGAGCAUGGGCCUGGUUGGUCAGCUCGUUGGCGACAUUGGUGGCCUCACUGCACUAACAUCCUUGGACUUGUCAUUUAAUGGCGGCCUCACUGGUUCAAUUUCUCCGCGGAUAGGCAACCUGAAAAGUCUUAACAUAUUAAUCCUAGCGGGCUGUAGCUUCACCGGCAGCAUCCCAUCUGAACUAGGAAACCUUCAGGAGCUAUCAUUUUUGGCAUUGAACACAAACAAUUUGACGGGUGAAAUCCCUUCUUCGUUGGGACUUCUUUCCAAACUUUACUGGUUGGACCUUGCCGAGAAUCAUCUCACAGGGUCCAUUCCGGUAUCAAGUGACACCAAACCUGGCUUGGAUCAGCUAAAACAUGCAAAGCAUUUCCAUUUCAAUAAGAACAAGCUUUCAGGUGGAAUUCCUGGCCAACUUUUCAGCAAUGACAUGGUGCUGAUGCAUGUAUUGUUUGAUGGAAACGAAUUUACUGGAACAAUCCCAUCUACAAUUGGAUAUGUUCGGACACUAGAGGUCCUUCGGCUAGAUAGAAAUGCGUUCUCAGGCGAGGUUCCGUUGAACCUCAACAACCUCACUAGUCUAAGUGAAUUGAAUUUAGCUCACAACAAUCUAUUCGGAGCUUUGCCUGAUUUAAAUGGGAUGAAUGCCCUCAGUUAUGUGGACUUGAGCAAUAAUUCCUUUCGCCAAUCUGACCCUCCAGUUUGGUUUUCCACCUUACCAUCGUUAAGCACUCUAGUUAUGGAGUUUGCUUCACUCAGAGGGAGGCUGCCACAAGAGCUUUUCAGUUUAUCAGGAAUUCAACAAGUGAAACUGAAGAACAAUGAGCUCAACGAUACAUUGAAUAUGGGCAGCAGUAUCGGUGAGCAACUGCAACUGGUAGAUUUGCAAAGCAACAAGAUCGAAGCUGUAACAUUGAGUACGGAAUACAGAAACACAUUGGAGCUGUCUGGGAAUCCCGUAUGCGCUACAGCUCUAGCACACACUGCCUAUUGUCGAGUUCAACAACAAACCUCAAAGGCAUACUCCACAAGCUUAACUAGUUGCGGGAGUAAAUUGUGUCCGUCUGAUCAGAAACUCAGCCCUCAGACAUGUGACUGUGCAUAUCCAUAUGAAGGCACAUUAUAUUUUAGAGCACCUUCAUUUCGAGAGUUAUCCAAUAUUAAUGUUUGGCAUUCUCUAGAAAUGAGCCUUUGGGUGAAACUAGGCCUGACUCCUGGCUCAGUUUCGCUGCAAAAUCCGUUCUUCAACACUGAUGAUUACCUUCAGGUGUACUUGCAACUCUUUCCGUCAAAGAGUAAGCAUUUUAACCGGUCAGAGAUUCAGAUGAUGGGGUUUUACUUGAGCAAUCAAACCUAUAAGCCUCCAGCAGGAUUUGGACCGUAUUUUUUCAUAGCAACUCCUUAUGUUUUUUCAGAUGGCCAUGGAGGUGCUUCUAUUGGCGUUGGCACCGUUGUCGGGAUAGCUACUGCUUCUACCAUUCUAGUCAUCAUGCUUAUCGGGCUUCUUCUAUAUGCUGUUCGACAAAAGAAACGUGCUGAAAAAGCAAUUGGUUUAAGUAGACCUUUUGCAUCUUGGGCUUCAAGUGGUAAAGAAGGUGGAGGUGCACCACAGUUAAAGGGAGCUAGAUGGUUCUCUUACGAUGAACUCAAGAAAUGCACCAGCAAUUUCUCUGACGACAAUCAGAUAGGAUCCGGUGGCUAUGGCAAGGUUUAUAGAGGAAUGAUACCUGGGGGGCAAGUAGUUGCCAUCAAAAGAGCUCAGCAAGCAUCCAGGCAAGGCGGGCAUGAGUUCAAGACUGAAAUUGAGUUGCUUUCGCGGGUUCAUCACAAAAACCUUGUUGGCCUUGUCGGAUUUUGUUUUGAACAAGGAGAACAGAUGCUGGUGUAUGAGUUUAUGCCUAACGGAACGCUCAGAGACAGCUUAACAGGGAAAUCAGAAAUUUAUAUAGACUGGAAGAGAAGACUUCGCAUUGCUCUUGGUUCAGCAAGAGGGCUCGCAUAUCUACAUGAGCUGGCAGAUCCUCCUAUCAUCCAUAGAGAUAUCAAAACCACCAAUAUCCUUUUAGAUGAAAAUCUAACAGCAAAAGUUGCAGAUUUUGGCCUAUCUAAGCUAGUUUCAGACAGUGAAGGACACGUCUCGACCCAAGUUAAGGGUACCCUGGGCUAUCUAGAUCCUGAAUACUACAUGACACAACAGUUGACCGAUAAAAGUGAUGUAUACAGCUUUGGUGUGGUAAUGCUUGAGCUACUAACUGCUAGACCGCCUAUCGAGAAAGGGAAGUACAUUGUGCGCGAGGUGAGAUUGGCGAUGGAUAAAACCAAUGAAGAGGAGGAAUAUCAAUUGAGGGAGUUAUUAGAUCCGAGCAUCAAAAACAUGACACAUCUGGUGGGUUUUCGGAGGUUUAUACAACUAGCAAUGCAGUGUGUCGAAGAUUCUGCUGCGGACCGACCAACUAUGAGUGAGGUUGUGAAGGCACUAGAGACCCUUUUAAUUACUGAUGGACUCCACACGGAAUCUACAUCCACAUCCUCAUCUGCAACUGAGUUUGGAUCUGUGAAAAGCGCACCUAAACAUCCUUACAACGAAGCUACACUCAAAAGGAAUGAUAGCGAUGCAUUUGACUAUAGUGGUGGAUACACUAUUUCGGCCAAAGUGGAACCCAAGUAAUGUAUGCUGAUACCUAAAAGGCUAAUUUUGUGUAGGAUUUGAAUGUGCUGGAGCCUAGGCCUCCAUCCUUUCUUGUAGAAUUGGACAUGGUAGAACCAUGGUCCUACUAUAUGACACAUACAACAAAACGGUGUAUACUUAUUUUGCCACAAUUCAAUAUAUAACAUGUUUUUAUGA